AUGAGUGAUCUCAAAGAAGCUAUUCAGCUCAUCGAUGAGAACAAACAAUUCAAUCCCUCGACAUUGAACUAUUUCACGAAGUGCCUUGGGGAUAAAAAUGUUGGAGUAAAGUAUCAUGUCAUAUCUGUUUUUGGAUCGCAAUCAAGUGGUAAAUCGACGUUAUUGAAUAAAUUGUUCGAUACAAAAUUCGAUACCAUGGAUGCACAGGUUAAACGACAACAGACUACUAGAGGUAUUUGGUUAUCCCAUUCUGCCAAUAUAUACAGCUCUGGAGCUGCCAACCAAUCCAUUCCUGAUUUCUUUGUUUUGGAUGUCGAAGGUUCGGAUGGUGCGGAGAGAGGUGAGGAUCAAGACUUUGAAAGGAAAGCUGCUCUAUUUGCAUUAUCAGUGUCCGAGGUUCUAAUCGUGAAUAUGUGGGAAAACCAGGUCGGGCUAUACCAGGGGAAUAACAUGGGGUUGUUGAAAACGGUUUUCGAGGUGAAUCUUUCGUUAUUUGGCAAGAAUGAAAAUCGUCACAAGGUAGCAUUGCUGUUUGUCAUUAGAGAUUUUACCGGCCAAACACCAUUGGAAAGUUUAGAAGCCAGUCUUGUCCUGGAAUUAGAAAAAAUGUGGUCACAGCUAAGUAAGCCUGAAGGUUGUGAAGAUACAUCUUUCCAUGAUUUUUUCGUUCCAAAUUUCUUCGGUUUGGGCCACAAGGUCUUCCAACCUGAACAGUUUGAUAAUGAUGUGAAGAGUUUGGGUGACUUGUUCGUUGACCAAGAUGCCUCUUUCUUCAAAGAUGAAUACCAUACUCACUUGCCAUUGGAUGGAUGGUCUCUUUAUGCAGAAAACUGCUGGGAACAAAUUGAGAAUAACAAAGAUCUUGAUUUGCCGACCCAGCAGAUUCUCGUAGCUAGAUUCAAAACCGACGAGAUUGCAGCAGCAGCAUACAACAAAUUUUUGAAUGACUAUCAAUCACAGGUCACUGACUCCUUGGAUGGGAAAGAACUUGCAACAGUACUAAAAACAUUACAAUCAACCUGUAUUGAUGUCGACUAUGACCCUUUCGCCUCACGUUACGCGAAGAAAGUGUAUGAAGAACGUAGAGAUGAUUUGAUCAAACAAUUAAAUACGAUAAUCGACGAAACGAUAACGAAUUUCGUUACAAGAACUACUUCAUCCCUCAUUGAAACUUUCCACAAGAAUGCAAGAGAUAGAAGUUUGAAGGGGCCAUUCAAGCUGAAAAUACAAUCAGCUCUCGAGAAAGCAUCAAGGACGUUCAAAACAAACCUUGCUCCAUUUUCAGAACUUGAAUUAUUAUCUUCCAUGGAUGCAUAUAUCUCUAAAUUCGAAGCUCGCGUCAAUACCGAGGUUGCUGAUCUUCAGGAGCGUGAACUUAAUGCGAUAGUAGCGAGGUUCAAUAAGGGUCUAACUAUCAAACUCAAGGAUACCAUACUUCAUCUACUUGCUAAACCUACUAUCAAUGUAUGGGAUGACGUUAUGAAAGAAUUCACUAGUUUCUUAGAUGGUAGUUUGAAGAAGUACACUAAUGAAGACGGUAAAAUAGAUUUCCAAACUGGAGCCACUACUGAUGCGAAUGACAAAACAGAGCACACAUUAAAAAGAAAUGCUUGGUCAUUUUUAGAUCAUACGGUUCAUGGGUAUUUGACUGAAGAUAAUGUUGUUGAUAUCAUGAGAAACGUUUUUAACGACAAAUUCAGAUACGAUGAUGACGGUAUGCCGAAAUUCUGGAAAAAUGAAGCAGAAGUAGAUGCUUCAUAUCGUUUGGCAAAAAGUCAGGCAUUGAGUGUAUUGGAUGCCCUUGCAAUUGUAAAGAACAAAGAUAAUGUGGAGAUACUCAUCCCUGAAGCUCUACUGGAAUCAGAUGGAGAUGGAUCCGAUUACGAGGAGAACGGCGGCCAAGAAGAAGAAGAAGCAGGGCUAUAUCAUCAACAAAGGUUUUCCCAUGUCCUUUCUGCAUUGCAAAAAGAUAAAAUUAUUACAAAAUUCAAGCAGUUCACAGAUUUGGUAAUAAUUGAAGCUAAAAGGUCUAUCGUAAACACAACCGAACGUAUCCCCUUGUAUAUGUAUGCACUAGUGGUUGCAUUGGGAUGGGGUAGAAUCAUUACUAUUCUCAGGAAUCCCGCUACGAUCAUCUUAUCGAUCAUUGUUCUUGCCGGAGCAUAUUUUGUUCACAAACUAAACUUAUGGGGUCCAUUACUACAAUUUGCCAACCAAGCCACAGGACAAGCAACUGCGGUAUUGAAACAAACUGUUCGAAGCUUGGUAGUGGAUGAGGAACCAAAGAGAAAGAUACUCGUCGAACCACAUGAGUCAGAAGGAGUAGACAAGGAACCUUCGAAAAAUGACCAGCAUUUAUAA